GCGUUUCCGAUUGGGUCCGGCUGAAAUAGGCCCGUUCGAAGUCUACGAGCGUCCCGCGCCGCACACGCGAAUUUUCCGCAGGAAAAUCGUCGAAUUUUUCACGGGCAAGAAUGAUCGUGGGCGAUUUCUCGAUCUUGCGGAAUUGAAGUCGGGUCGGAUGCGUUGCACGACCUUGCCGUAUUGGGGAUCAGCGGCCCGACACUGACUUAUUUUCCGGUUGUUAUUUCGGAUUGGUUAGUUGGAAAUUGCGAUCUUUCCUUUGCGUUCCCCGACUCGUACAUUGAAAGUGAUAAACGUGAUUCUUGAGAGAUAGUUUAGUGUUGAGAUUGUUUGAUUUGUGGGGUUCUCUUGGAUAUCCAGUGAUCCAGAUUGAUUAAGUGAAUUAUCAAAGGAUGUCGAUAGAGUGUUGAUAUUGUGUAAACUAUAUCCAGGCAACUGUCAUAACAACUCUUGUGACAAUGAAGUUCUACGCAGUCAUCUUUUUUAUCUGCUUCGUACUCUUCCAGUCAGCAAUCACAGGUAUAGAGGGACUGCGGGACAUGCACAUGAACGUCCCCGAGGCAGUGAGGCUUGGCGAUACGAUCACGUUGUCGUGCAAUUACGACCUGGAAUCCGUGGCCCUUUACACCAUCAAGUGGUACAGGAACGAGGAGGAAUUCUACAGAUUCGUCCCGAAGGAGUCCCCGCCGUCGAGGGUCUUCGUCAUGCCCCAUCUGCAUGUUGAUGUCUCGAGAUCCAAUUCUACGGAAGUCACACUGCGAGAUGUCGAGAGAGAAACUUCGGGAGUCUUCAAAUGCGAAGUUUCCGCAGAUGCACCACUCUUCCAAACAGAUAUGCGUUCCUCGUCACUUCUUGUUGCAGAAAUUCCAGAUGAGGAGCCAGUUUUAAGAUCCGACGUACACAAAAUAACACCAGGAGCUCGUAUGACAGCUAAUUGUACAACACCAGGUUCCUAUCCUUUCAUGAAUGUCACGUGGCUUAUUAAUGAUGAAAAUGCUGAUCAGAGAACCGGUGUUCAAAUCCAGAACUCCGUUGUCUACUACGAUGCUCUGCCAGGCCUAGAAACAGUCCGCUCAACGAUCGUCAUCAAUUCAACCCAAGAUCUAUUCAAGAAUGGCCGUAUGAAGCUUAGCUGCGUCGCCUCGAUGUACAGCUUGUACAAAGAGAUAAGAGACAUGGAAAUCAUGGAGGACACACCUCAGAUAGCACCAAUCCGCGAACACAGCACUCACUUAGAAGGUGUUAAUUCCAGCAGCACAAAUUCCGUUCCCAAAUACUUUAUGCGAUUCAGUCAAUUCCUAAUCUUCUCGACGCAUUUGUGGAUGAGGAAGUUGGGCGAUUAAGCAGAUAUGUUUAAUUCAUUUUAGGCGAAGGUGUAUUGAAUUGACGCUAAGUGCAAAUUUAGGUGACUUACAUCCGUUUAUUCCUAGUGUGAAGGAGGCUAUUCGUACCAAAUGGAACUCUUGUUGAAAGAUCUACUUGUAGAGUAUGAUUGUUAUUGUUAUUCUGGUUGUGCUCCUACUAUAUGGAUUUUCUUUGUUACCCAAAAGACUAUGUCGAAUGCAUAUAUAGCUCUAUUUGCGAUGUACAAUGUAAGAUGUUGUGACGGAAACUUAUCUGUCUGAAUGUCACUUUUAUUCAGUUAUUCAUUAACUACAAUUUUAAGAGUUGCCUGCUACAUUAGGGUAACCAAUGAAAAUUUUAUGCCUAAGGAACCUCAAGCUCAAUAAUUUCAACAAAAUUAUUGCCAUUGAAAAUACUAACAAAAAGUUGAUGUCAAUAUAACUUUGCAUGACUUGCUACAAAGGAACUGCUGGCAAUCUAAAAUCCUACGUGGGAUAUAUAAAACAUAGAUGUUUCAUUCAGUCCCAGUGC